ACAAAGGUAGGGGAACCAGCAAGACACAAGUAGUAAACAAACAAAUAAAACAUUAAUAUUUUAAUGAGGAAGCUUUUAUUUAAGGCACAUAGCAUAAAGAAUACACGUACGAUCGGAAAGUGACACGUUUACUUAUUAGAAGACUGUAUCGUUGGACUAAUUGACACCAGGAAAAAGUACACGUGUCGACUGAAAUACUUCAAAUGCAUGUAGGGUCAGAGGCAAAUUGGGUAGACUGGGGUUCACAAUCGAUGUGGCUUGAGAUUUAAUUCUAAAUUGUACAUUUAAUAUUGUUUAAGAUUGUUUUAAAAUUGUUUUAAAAUUGUUUUACCUCGCGGCGAAAUAUGGUUAUCAGACACUUAUCAUAUUUCUUAUCAGCAUGAACCUUCUGUCUUCAUUGUUAACUUUUAAAUGGGUUCCCAGUGACUAUAAAUAUAAUUUUGAAAAUCCCAGUUGCUACCAUUAUUUGGCAUAGCUUCAACUAUCAGUUUCUAUAUCUUUGUGAAAUAUAGGUAGGUGACAGAUUAAAAUGGGUGAUCGAGCUAUUCGAUGUGAAUAUUGUAACAAAAAGGGUUCGAACUUGAAAAUAUGCGGCCGUUGUAAACAUGUUCAGUAUUGUACAAAAUUGUGCCAGACUUCUGAUUGGAAAAAUCACAAGCAAAAAUGCCAAGCCAUUGUCAUUAAGGAACGUCGCCGACAGGAAAAUGAAGCUAAACUAGCGAAAGAGCGCACAGAAUCAGGUUUAUGUGGUAUAUUUAGUUUAUUAAAUAAUCUGAGGAAGAUUGAGGAGCAUCAUGAGGCAAACGGUAACUCUGGCGAAAACAGAUCUGUGGGGAUCAUUCUUCAUAAAAUGAGGAAAGAGUACAAUGGCGAAAGCAGCGGAUAUGAUUCGACAGGAUACAAUGAUGAUGAGGAGGACGAAGUUCAAAAUGAAACGGAAGACAAAUCAGAUAGUGAGAGCAGUGGUAAUGAUUCUAAAACAGAGGAAGAAGCUGACCUACACACAGAAGAGGUUGUAGAAAAAUCGAAAAGACAUAUAUGUGCUUUAUGCUCAUCCAAAGGAAGCUCAAAGAAAUGCUCACGAUGCAUGAAAGUCUAUUAUUGUUCAAGAGAAUGUCAGAGACAAGACUGGCAAACGCAUAAGACAAAUUGCAAAAAGAUAUCGGGCGAGGAAAAUGAGGAGAAAGAUGAGGACCAAAACACAACCGAAUCACUUCAACAAGAUAUCAUUCCAUCCAGCUCGAAAUCCGUAGCUGCACCUCCCCCAACUAUUCCACAACAACUGUCACAAAUAAGUGCCACUUGUCGGAAAGGUUCUCUGCGCAAGGCGAUCAAAAUGGCGACACGAUUAUUUCCGUCACAUAAACUGGUGACAAACAUCAUUUACGUCCCAUCACAGCCAGUGUUUAACUUCUUUCCGUUUGCGCCGACGCCACCGAAGGAGAAAACGGUUUUCGUGGCUUAUAUGUAUGAAUAUCACGAAGAUGUUAUACGGCAUGGUGUCCAUCUUAGGGACGACUGUGACAAUAAAAGUAAGGUGGAAUUUCACCUUGAUAAUGACGACCCGUCGCCAUUCUUCAGUUACUCUCAAGUGAAGCCCGGUGGUUACAUAUGUAUCCUUAAUGCAGCCAAGCACCUAUUCCGAGAUGGUUCUGUUGGAUUUCGCAUUGACCACCCAGACCAAGUUAAAAUUCUUGAUUUACAGACUAACACGAAACAACAAAAAUUAAUACGCCUGUUAACCAGUCAAAUCUCCUUUGGAUUUUCCGAAAAUUCUUCUUUCGUUUUUAACUAUUUUCGAAAAGAAUGUAAAACAUGUAAAAGAAGCAAAUUAUUUCAUAUUUUUAGGAUGUCGGUUUAUGUGCUAAGGUGCAAGUAUUGUGAUAGAAUAAGUUCAAAUCGAUGUAGUCGCUGCCUAAAGGUGAGCUACUGCACUAAAAUAUGUCAGACGUUAGACUGGCCAAGUCACAAAGUAGGCUGUUUUAAACAUAGUUAUAAUGAAAGCGAAACGAACGCAAAUUUGACUUCUCAGGGAGUUAAACAGGAACUUGAUGUUACAGUGCGGAAAGACCAUGUAACCAGUGCGAAAAAGGGCAAUCAUGAAAAAACAGGAUGUUCUGAAAGUGAUAUGGUUGAAAGUCUUAGUCUGUCACCUGAUACUGAUGAGAUACAAUUAAAAAAAGAUAAAGAAAUGAGUUCUUUGAAAACACAAGGUGUUCGUACAAUACCUAUUGAUGAUAUUUUAAAAGAAAAUAGCGAUAAUAAAAAGGAUUGUCAAUCAGAGGAAUGUAAAAGUCAUAGGACUGUUCUAAAUAACAUUGAAAAUGAUACAAGCGCUACAAAUAUAUUAGAUGAAACCCAAUCGAGUAACGAUUGCAAAUCAAAUAACGCAACUAAAGGAGAAUCUAUCCGAAAUCAAUGUGGGUUUUGCAAAAUAUCUGGGUGUUUAAAGACGUGUUCGAGAUGCAAGGAGACUUUUUAUUGCUCGGCCGAAUGUCAGAGACAAGAUUGGACUCAACAUAAAACUAGAUGUAAAAAGGCAUUGUCUGAAGAAGACGAACGGAUUCUCAGAUGUUGGAAGGAAAAGCAAGAACAAAAUGCCGCUAUGGCAGCUAUGGCAGAAAAGGAAAAAAGUGCACAUCCGCCAGAUUAUUCCUUUGGUUUUCAGACUUACAUAGGUCCAAGAGAGCGAUUUUACAAAACAUUGACUCGAGAGCAAGCACUUUUUAGAUUAAACCCUCCUGACGGUUCUCUAGAAAAAGCUAUCCGAAUGACAAAAUCCUACUUUCCUGACUUUAAAGUUGUGACAGCAUUUGAUGAUAUCCCCGAUGAAUAUUUGCAUUCUCUUUUUAACCUUCUGGAUUCAUGGAAUGACAAAUAUGUACUUGUGGCAUUCAUGUAUAGAUAUCACGCGCACGUGAUGCGACAUGGCGUAUACUUAAAGGAUGAACAUGGCAAAGAAAGUAAGGUGGAGUUUUAUUUAGAUGAUUUUGGAGACAACCCAUUUCCGUAUUUCAGCUACUCCCAGGUUAAACCAGGUGGAUAUAUUUGUCUUGUAGCACCAGUUAUGCACGAAUUCAGAGAUGGAACAAUUGGAAUCAGAAUUGAUCUACCUGAACAAGUUCGAGUGCUAGAUAUAGAUGAUGUAAUGCGCACUUCUGUUGAACACUAAACACUUUAUCACCAACAAUUUAGUAACAUAUCUAAUACGUUUCGUUUCAAAAGAAAAAAAAAACUAAAGAUAAAAACAUGACAUCAUUGUCUUACAACUAUACCAUUCUCAUUGUUUUUGUUGAACGACGAAAUUAACCUGUAUAUAUUGUUAAUUUGUUUAUUCAGAUUACUUUGUUCUAAAUACAUCACUUUUAGGUUCUUGCAAUGUGAAUACAGCAAUAGUUCUCUCAAAGGGGCGGUUAUCUCUGAUAGAUUUCUGAAACUUAACAACAUAGAUAAAUAGGCAUACGACCUGGAGUUUGGAUUUCGGAUGUCGAUGGUCUCAAGUCUUUAAUUGCUUUGAAUUUAGUGGGAUCUUCUUUUAAGCAAUCUCAUGUAAAUACAUGACCUAAAUACAUUAUUUCGGUGAGAAUUACUUUUGGUUACUCGAAUUGAAUCUGAUGCCAUUGUUUAAGGGUCGUACAAUGAAUUCCAUGAUUGUUCCCUCGCGGACGUUUAUUUACCUAUUAUAAACACAUCUUCUCUGCCGCUUCAAGAACAACCAGAAGCACUAUUCACGUACAUCGGAGUUACUUCAUAAAAACGAUUUAAAUAACAUUUUAUCAGCUUAUUUCAAUUUUCUAUAUCACCAGAAGUUUAGUAAAUGUCACUUGCCUACCGAAAAUCAAAAUUAUUCGGUAUAAUAUGCAUUGUUGUACUUAUAAGAGUCGACAAAAAGCCAAAAUCUCGCUCAAAGCGUUAGUUAAGCUACCAUUUCACGAAUGAUCUUGAAAAGUUAACAAUGUCGUGGAAAUAAUUUUGAUGAGGGAUAAAGAUUAAUGUAUUCGCAGCCGUAUGCGGUUAUUCCCUUUUUUCAGUUCGGUUAAAUAAAAAAAUAUAUUGGUCACUUUACUUACUGCAUUGAAAAUCCUGUCAGUUAUCCGCCAUUUAUUGCACAAUUCUGCGUUACUUAUUGCACGAAUCGUGCGUUACUUUUACAUUGCGGCGUUACUGGAUAUACACAGUGUAUACGCUUUAAGGACAAACAAACUAGCGUCUAGCAAACGUAAUCAUAGCGUUAAAAUUUCUGACAGUUAAAAUACAAUUUAUGUAUUCCUCAAGCUGGACAACACGCCUACCUAUAUGGUGUCUUUUUUGAAACACUUUUGUGCGUCGUGUUGUCGCUAGCGACAGCAUCACAAGAACCAAACGGUGCUGUUGCUAACGAAGCACGCCAAACGGUGUGUUGGCGUGCGGCGUGUUAUCGCGCUGUCACAUUGUCUCUCGGCUCAAAUCCAAAGUUGGCUAUGUAUAUAGAACCGCAUUCAAGUUGUCGCCCUUGGAUGACGUCAUUGGGGGAUAGGGUGGACAUUUGCCGAAUACGAUUAAGUACAAUAAUAGAGGGAUAUAAAGAUCUUAAUCCUUUCUCUUGUAAGAUUGGCAGAUUGAAAUUGCCAAAAUUUUGUAUAAUUGAAAAAGAUAUUACAUAAAAAGGAUGGUGAAAUGAAUAAAAAUGUUUACUAUUAUAAGA